AAUAUAAUUCAGUUGUGUUUUCCCUUAAAGACACCUCUCUCUGUCUUUUGUCUUGUGUGAUGACGUGAUUUUUUGAUGAUGAGGGGAGUUCAAGUACCGUCUACUAAAUCCAUUUCCUCUAUUUCUUCUUCUUCGGCUGGGAAUGUCGGAGUUCUCUCCCUGAAGUGUGGUACUGCCUGUGGUUUCUGUAGUGUCCUGAAGCCGAAUAAAGUUGCUUUCAACACCAUGAUUCUUUCAGCUAUGAGGACUUGCUCACACACUCUUCUCCCUAAAUUAACCUCUUCGAGAAAAAGGUUGGGGAACAGAACUUCACAGUCCUUUUCAACCACUUCCUUACAAGUCAUUUCUCAAGCUAGUUCACCCUUUGUUCAGUCGUUAGUUGUGUCAAACAAUCUCUCCCCAUCCGAGAUCCCACAGAAAUCACAAGAAUGGUUUGCUCUACGGAAAGACAAGUUAACCACGAGCACAUUCAGCACAGCCCUCGGCUUCUGGAAAAAGAACCGUCGUUCUGAGCUCUGGCACGAGAAGGUAUACGACUCAGAGUCACGAGUCGUGGAGGAUUCUGCGAGGUUUGCAAUGAACUGGGGUGUACAGAUGGAGUCAGCUGCGAUAGAGAGGUACAAAAGAAUCAUGGGCUGUGAGGUGGGCUCAAUGGGAUUUGCUCUUCACUCACAAGAACAGUUUCACUGGCUUGGUGCUUCCCCUGAUGGAGUUCUCGACUGUGGUAUCUUAGAAGUGAAGUGCCCUUAUAACAAAGGGAAAACAGACACUGUGUUACCAUGGUCCAAGGUUCCGUUUUAUUACAUGCCUCAAAUGCAGGGUCAAAUGGAGAUAAUGGACCGUGAAUGGGUCGACUUGUACUGCUGGACACAGAAUGGGAGCACGGUUUUCCGUGUGAUGAGAGACCGAAGCUAUUGGAGGAUAAUACAUGAGGUUUUAAGGGAGUUUUGGUGGGAGAAUGUGAUUCCUGCAAGGGAGGCUUUGUUGUUGGGGAAAGAGGAUGCAGAGGUGAAAAGGUAUGAGCCAACAUCUACGCAUAAGCGUACAGGGCUUGCCAUUGCUAAAAGCAUAAGUUUGGCUGCGGAAUCGAAACUAGUGUGCAGAGAAAUCGCUGAUCACGUCGAGUUCUUUUAGAUGGGUUUAGAAUCAUUUGAUUCAUGAACUGGUGAUUGAUUCAUCUUAUCAUUCACGUUGUGUAGUUAUUUAAACUGUUAAAUCAUGUAACACAGUUUAAUUAGAUCAAAGGAAAAGGUUUAUGUUCUA